GUGCUACAUCACUGUACCCUGACAACCCUGCUCUGUAAAACUGAGAAAAACAGAGAAUUUUAUUUUCAAUUAUACAAAUCGCAACGUAAACAGCCGGAAAAUGUCGCGACAAGCCACCCGUUUGGACGCCAAGAAAGUGAACUCGGAGUUCCUGACACUCACCUACGGAGCACUCGUCACCCAGAUGCUGCGCGACUUCGAGAACGCCGAGGACGUGAACAAGCAGCUGGAGCGGAUCGGCUACAACAUGGGCAUGCGACUGAUCGAGGACUUUCUGGCGAGGACAUCGGCGCCCCGCUGCCUGGAGAUGCGCGAGACGGCCGAUCGCAUCCAGCAGGCGUUCCGCAUCUACCUGAACAUCCAGCCCACCAUCUCGAACUGGUCGCCGGCCUCCGAUGAGUUCUCCCUGGUGUUCGACAGCAAUCCGCUGACGGAGUUCGUCGAGCUGCCGCCGGACCUGACCAAUCUGCGCUACAGUGCCAUACUCAGCGGCUGCAUCCGCGGCGCCCUGGAGAUGGUGCAGCUGGAGGUGCAGUGCUGGUUUGUGCAGGAUCAACUGAAGGGCGACAAUGUGACGGAACUGCGCGUUAAGUUCGUGCGGCGUCUAGAGGAGGUCAUACCAGCUGGCGAGGAUUAGAAAACAUUGGUGGAUCAGUGGAUCAGAGCGCCAAACUAUGAGUUCUUCAUUAGGGAGGGGGGGGUCAAUAAAAGCACAUUCUGUAUAGAAGUUAGCAUCUAGUAAUCUGCGUUUGUCGUUGGUUUCUACACGCCAGUCCACAUUCCGGAGCAAAAGCAACAGCAGCAGCGGCAGCAGGAGCAGGAGCAAGAGCAAGAGCUGGAGCAACAAGCAGCAUCCACAGGAGCGCAACAGCGGUAAACAGCAAUAUUGGAGCAAUAAGAAUCGUUACAACAAGUUUAGUUUUAUGUUUUAUUCGACUUUAUACAGAUGAUUUAACUUGGGUAUAUAAGAAAACAGUGGAAAAUAUGUCUCUGUUCAUAUUUGGCAUAAUAUAAAGCGUGGAUAAACUCGAUAUAAAAACACAAAAGUAUUCUGUUACAUUUGAUAUAAUUUAACAAAUUAAACCCCGCCCUCAUAAAUAUUACGUCCCUAAGGCGUAGAUCGCUUUUGAUCUGGGGUAGUAAUAAAUUAUAUUUGUUAGUUGUAUAGAUAAACUCAAAGAUAUUCAACGUGUUAAAUAUUAAAAUGAUACAAAAACAAGUAAGAGCCUUAGAUUAAAGCGAACUGACGGCCUUUUAUCAACUGUCUAGUUGUACAUGUGUAUCAAUUGGGCGUAUACUUCGUAGUCUGCCAUGUUUUAUUGUCCGAUAAGGCCGACAUAUCCUCUCGCCCACUGUAUUUAUGGCAAUGUUUGACUUAUCGCCGACUGUUUGCGAAAAGCACUCUGUAUAUCUGCUCACCGGAAGCUGCUUUGGGACUCUAGAUAAUGUUGGGUUUCAAAUGAUUAUAGUAGGUUUGGGGUAGCUUUUGUAAUGUAAGUUGUAGCGCGGCCAGCCUCCGCUGGGAUCACAUAUGAUUGAAUCGUUUCACUUAAAUGCACUUUGAUAAUUUUUGUUAACUUUUUUGGUUUCUUUGUGGGAAAAUACUUUUACAGGCUCAAUACCAUUAUUUGAUUACAUGAUAUCCGAUCUCUGGGCUUUUGGAUUUGGUUUGGUCGGUUUUUUUUUGUUGCAUCGGG